GAGAGAGAGAGAGAGAGAGAGAGGGGAGGAGGAGAAAAGGGGAAACAGAAGGCAAAGCUAAAAGGCGCCUGGGAAGGAGGGGAGUGGGCUGAGCGGGAGGGAAGGAGGAGGGUGGCUCUGCUUCUCCUAAUAAAGCGAGUGUAUGUGAAAGGAGGUGCUGAAAAACGUUAGACUUAGCUGAGAGAGAGAGCUGUGUUACCAAAGAGAGAGAGAGAGAGAGAGAGAGAGAGGGGCAAAGAAUAGAAAGAGCAUUGUGUUGCUGCUGAGAGAGAACCCAUGUCUGCACAAAGAGGUAGGUGUACUGCUAUGACUGGCACACACACACAUUUACACACUCACACUGACACACACACACAGGAGCAGGAAAUCCUCUGACCCGGCAGAGGGAUGAACAAGAAGUGCGUUCAGUACAUGUCAAGUGUCAGGUGAGUGUGUGUUCUCCUCAGACUGUGUGACUGGUUGCGCUGCAUGUAGCAGCUGUGUAGCAGUGUGGGGCAGGUGUGUGACUUUUCCAUAACAUGUGCGGAGUGUGCGGCACAGGCAGGUGCCUCUACUGUGUUUGUGUGUUUUGUUUGUGGGGACUGAUUGUGAUUGUGUUGCGGGGGGGAUAAACACAGGCGCGCUCCCAGACAGGCACUUUAAGAUCACGUGAAAUUUAUGUCUGUUUAUGUGCAAAAAGCAUGUGACAGAGAGUGAGUGUGGAGCGUAAUCUAAGUAAUGAAAUCCAUUCAAAACUGACAGUUUAGUUAUAAAUUCAUCUGACAUGCGGUUCAAUAUUUUUCAUUGAUUGGAAAAUGACUUGACAAGACAAUUAGGUACUUCCCUUUUUUUUGCACUUUCUGCAGUCUGAGAAUCGAUAAACGUUUGUCUUUGCAAGGAAAACCCAAGAGAGAGCAGAAUAUGAGAUAUUUUGAUGGUUAACCCUUUACUGCCUUUUGUAUUAUAUUGAUACAUACUUUUAUAAUACUUCUAUCAAUCAAUAUGAUCAACAGAUUACUUAAAAGACACCUUAACACAGUCCGAUAAAUGAUAAAAAUGUCCUCUUGUGGUUUAUCAGAUUCCAAAAACAUCUGAUAAAUCAAACGAGAUAAAUAAAUAUAUUUGUUAAAUUUUAAGGAUAUUUUGAUUUUUUUGGUUUUUUUAGUAGUGAGUAAAAUAAACAUUUCAGCUCCAAAAAAUUUGAAUUUUCGGGCCAUAAUUUGUGGUUUCAGGUAUUAUAGGGUUCAACUGUGUCCAAGAGUAAAAUGUGCUUACAUGUGGAGGCUGAUAGUGGAAGAUUUACAAUAACAAACCCUGUCUGAUGAGAAGAUUGAAGUGUCAGAUUAUUAAACACACACACAAAAAAAGUGUUUAUUACAGUCUAGAUUCUUUGUGUUGAAGUUUCAGGACACUAAAUCUUAAAAAUAGUGGAUUCAUGGUGCUUGAUCUAAAUAUAUACUUCCAGAUAGAGUUUACUGAAACGUUCUUCACAUCAUGACUCUGACAGAAAUAAAAGAGGAUGUGAAACAGCUACUGGUUGGAAAGCAGAAAUCUCAAAGAAGCUAAAAGAACUGAGAGCAAAACAAACUUUUUUUAUUUGAACUGUCCAUAUGUGUUCAUACCUAAAAGGUUUGCUAUUCGGGUCUUUGUGGACUUGACAAUGUUUGGAGAAUUCAGCCGACAUUAAAGAAUAAUCUGAGAGACUACACAAUGCUUCCAAAGGCCAUAUUAGGUUUUAUGUGGUGGCUGAUAUUGAUCUUUAGUUUCACAGUGACACAUUGUUUACACAACGGAGAUGAAAGCGUCUGAUGAACAAAGUAACUUCUGUAAUUUAAUGGUGUAAUUUCAAAGAAAUGUCAGCCUUUUAUUUUUUCUCUGGAGUGAAGGCUUAGGUCACUAUUAUGUCACCUUGUUACUUUUACAACAUUACAAAUACUGUUUAAAUCUUCUAUGAGAAGUUUUUUAUGUUUAUAAAGAUGACUGGAAUUCAUAUUGACGUCAUUUUAUCAAAAAGCAAACAAGUCCAUCACUGACAAGACUGUUAAUUUUUAAGGUCUUAAACCGCAGUGAGGAGGUAAAUCAGCCAAGCAGGUGAAGGAACAUCCCUGUUUUAAGGAUUUCCGUAUAUAAUCUCACAAUAAAUAAAACAUUUGACCAUCUGAAGUCAGCAGGAUUCGAUUUUUUGACAAACGUCAAUACUGAAGAAUGUUGCGAACAUAAUAAGCAGAGGCAGCUUUAUCCAGAGGGGGCGCCAAAACUGACACAAACUAAAAGUUCCUCACAGAAGUUUUAAAGUAGUUUAAAACUCCUGUGAGGAGCUUUUUGGUUUGCCUUGACUUUGGUGGCCCCUGUACAAAAACUCAGACAAACUUAGACUUUGUUAAUGAGGAAGUGACGAGACGAAAUUGUUUAAGCUAGACCGCAAGACAUUUGUGCAUCUAAUCCGUUUUGUAAACCACUAAAAUACAGGCGAUGACUUAGCUCCUCAUUUUCAACCAUGAACUUUUUCUGGUCAAUGUCAGUGACAAAGAAAACAAGCAACUGAGGCAACAUCAAUAUAAUGAUAAACUAUAUUAUAAUAUACAAAAAAGCCUAUGUUGGAGAGCAAAUUCAGCAAAUUUGACAUUUCAUUUAUAAGUUUUAGAGUAUUUACAGUGAGGCUGCAACAUCAGUCCUGAAACACCACCAGCCAGGUCACUUCUGCGCAUGCUGAGGUUUCCCAAGCACAGAAUGAAAUCAAUUUUAGCUCAUGUAGCUAUUUAUCAUCUUUUUUUUCUUUUUAACUCAUGGUUACGGAAACAUGAGUCUUAUCGUGUAGUGAAUAAUAAUAAAGUAAGUCUGAUUCUGGUUAUCAGCUUAGAAGCUCACAGUGUGAAGAAACAAAGAAAUAUUUGACUUAAAAUGGUUACAGGCAUCACAAAUCAACACAUAGGAAUUAUAUGAUCUUGCCUGAUUUUGUUGCUCACGUAGGGGUAUCAGUAUUGUUAUCACUCUAUCAAGUAACCAGCAGAAAAAUGCCUCAGAUGAGCUUAAAGUAUCUAAUAUGUUUGGACAAUAAAAGUUUAUACAAAACUGAAAUCAUAUCCAAUGUUCUAAAAAGGCGACUGGCCCUCCGUGUAUUUGUAGAUAAAAGUAAACAGAGAGAGUCAGCGUGGAAAAAUGGUAGAGAGGUGGGGUGCACGGAAAAGUCCUAAAGUUUGAUUUGGCACCACCAAGUUUUUCCUCUGCUGAAGGUCAGGGCAGACAGUCCAGGGUUAAAGUCAGCGUGUCCUUUAGGCGAGGUGAAAACACUUUUCACUUCCCUGUGGCUGCAGUAGACAGUUCCUCUCAUUUCUCAUAUGACGCUGACUGAGGUUCCCUUUUUACAGGAAGCAGCAGACGGUGCCCUUUCACAAUAGUUUGAACGAGAAUAUUUAUAGAACCGCUAAGUGUGUUGUUAUCUUUCAACAUUUAGGACAAACAAAAAGUUUCCUGAUUAACUGGAAAAAGUUACAGCAAGACGCUCGGUGACAACUCAAGGACUCGGUGUUCAAAAAGCACAAUGAGUGUGGGAGAAGAUGGAUGUGCUUAAAAGCCAAAUGUUCGUUUUUCUGAGUGUACUUGAGGAAAAUAACACAGUCCAUUAACUCUGAAGUACAUAAUUAAAGCCAAGAAUUCACUGUAUUCACUUUGUAUCUCUCACUGUAAAGAGCUUUCUUUUCUAAUUACUUGUAGGUCUUUUUCCAAAUUGGAAAAGUAGGUUUUGUGUAUUCGAGCAUGCCUCCCAAGCAACUCAAAAGGUAAUUACAGUGCUGAGAAGCUCAAGUGUCUUUGUAUUAAAGAGUUUGACAUUUGACUUGGAAGUGUUGUACCACUCAAUUGCUGCUCUAGCUGAGUUUGUGAUUACUCUGCAGCUCAAAGAUCAACAUUUUAGUUGUGUCACCUGACUACUUGUUUCCCCUGCUUGCCUUCUUUCAUUUCCUUACUUCUUCAAUGGUGUCAAACAUCUAGAAAAUUUUAAUUUAAACAACAGUUUCUAUAAUUUUGUCUUUUAACAAGUAUUUUUUCACUUGUUUCUAGGGCUGGGCGAUAUGGAAAAAGUUUAUCACGAUAUAUUUUUUCAUAUUAGUCGAUAUCGUGAUGUAUCACGAUAUAAAGAAAUCACUUGUCAAUCUUAAAUGUUCUCUGUUAUUCUUAAAUGAAAUUUAAAAUCUACUUGACAUAAUUUGCAGUGCACACUACUCUGCUUCAUGUCCGACCUUAAAAAAAAACAAAAUACCUCUACACCACCAAAAGUUGGUGUUAAAGUUCUAUGGUUGCGUGUAGCUGCAACCUGCUACUACACAGUUGUUUGCUACUUGGUUCUAAUUCAGCACGAUUGGUUCAGCCCGGCUCGACUCGGAGCAACUCCCUUUGUCAUUGGCUAUUCGUGUAGUCUACAAAACAUGGCAGAAUACCGGCUAUUGUAAAGCACACUGACAAUGUUUUAUAUCCAUAUCAAUGGAAAUUAAUUUUUGAUUAAUUUAUCAAUCAAAAAUUUAUUUAUCGCCCAGUCCUACUUGUAUCUAUUUUCAUUCUUUAAACACCUAUUUAAAGAGUCAUUGUGCUGACUCUGUCGAACUAAGCCAUUUGUUUGCUCACAUUGUUCAUGUUUCCAAACACAGGCAUAUGACUUGUUAGAGGCUCACCGCAAAAGCAGCAAAGCAUAUGUAAGACCUGCCUUACACGGACAUUGUUGCCCUGUCUUCCCGUCAUUAUGAAACCACACAGGCGAUCCCCAACUGUGUCACCCUUUGACUCAUGGCUCAGUGUAAAGAAACAGCCCUCUCAGUAUGUGCUGAUUCAAAGCCCUCUCCUCCUUCCUCCACUUCUUUUUCUCUUCCUCUCUUUUGUUGUUGUAUCUUUUUAUCUCAGGAGAUUUAUGAGCUCAGCUUAAGAUCAGCAGGGGAGGCGACUCUGUUAGGUCAGAUGUUGUAAAAUGUGAAACGAGAACCAGGCUGGACUGCAGUAUGUCGCCAGUAAAAAACUCCACGGUUAGGACAUCUUUGUGCACAUAUGGCAUGUUGGGUCGACUUACGAGCUGUGCAACUCAGACUGUUUGUAUAUCUGUGUGUGUGAGACAAUCCAUGUUUGUUUUACAUUAUUUUUGCUAACCACAGUAAUGUUGACUCAUGAAUUGUACUUGUCUGGAAUUGAGACUUUAACAAGCCAUAAAAGUUCACAGUGUUAUUAGUUUCACCACAUUUACUACAGAUGUUUCAAAGCCUCUGAUUUCCUUUGUGUCUGACUCAACAGCUGGUCAAAAAGUAAGACAAGUCUUAUCAAAUAGUCAAUAUUAAACACAAUUUAUUGAAUGCUAAACUUCACAGAGUCUGCAGGUACACAAUGCUGGAUUGGUUUGCUAAGUGCGACUAACAGUAGCAGAGCUAGCACCACCUUUGGUCUUUAGACUAACAUGACCGUGCUGAUGACACAUUACUCCAAACUUGUGGGUCUACGCCAAUAUCUUUCAUACAACCUGCUACUUUUUCUGGUGCAAAGAGGCGCGAGGGUUUCCCCAUUAACUCAAGCGUUUCUUGUCUUUUUCUGUUUUAAGGCCAAGGCUAUGACUUCAUGAUAAGUGAAGAGGACUAGGUGAGGGAGUGAAGUACCAAAGUCCAGAUCUUAAAAUCUGUCUACAUUGUUAAGUGAUUUUCUUUUUUCAUAUAACAGAGAAAAAUAGUUUCUCUGGUGAAAAGGAAAAAAACCUUGAAUGAGGCCUGCAGGGGGCUGAAGAGAGGCCAAUCAGCACCACAGGCAGUACCAACACAGCUGUCAAGUUGAUGUCAAGCCUUAGUUAGUUGUAUAAUACGAUGCAUAUACCAGUAGAAUGCUGAGAGGUAUUAACUGUGUUACUCAGAAGAUGGGGCUUUAAGAGGCAAGAAGCAACUUAGCCAUGCAAAACAGGCUAAAUACAAAGCGAGGAGGACUAAUCAAGUGGCACCACAUUUUUAUGUUUUUUCUCCCUUAUUUGGUCAUUAUUCUGGGUUUAAAGUAAACAUGGGUUUAUUGUUCAGUAAACAAACCUCGUAGAGUACUGGUACGGAAUUUAAAAAAGGCUCUUUAAGGCAUGGAGGGGCAGGCAUGAGUCUCUGCAAAGGCAGCGAGUCCGUCCAUAUCUCAUCACUAUCAAUGCUGAGUUCAGCUACCAUACAGGAGGAGAUAAAGAGCACUAGAAAGAGCAAUACAGAUACUGCAUGUUGCUGAACUCAAUGGAAGUCUUCAAUUCUCAAUACACCGGUUAACUCGGGAUUUCACUGCAUCGAUCCCUAACAGCAGCAAGACUGCAUCUCAGAUUUUACAGCAGUGCAUGGAUGGCUUUUCUUCAUAAUAACCAACAGUGUAGUUUACUUUGUCUGAGAAACAGUUGACAUGGCAGAUAUAGAUUCACAUUAAAGUAUAGAAGCUGACAAGUGCCAAAUAUCGGGUAAUGGAAUAAACAUGGUAAAGUCUUUUUAACACAGGGAGAAUCUGCUCGGUUUAACAUGUCAGAGUUGAUUAACUUAGCUUUCUUUUCAAGGUAAAUGACCUGAUAGCUACUCAUCUAAACAACACUCGUCUACUGCCGGCAGCAGAAGUUCACGUUAAACCUUGAGUUCUUCUGCUAAGUGUCUUUUUUUUUUACUAACCUCUCUUCAGACUAAUAAAGGUAGUUUGAGCGUUUAAAACCCUACUUUAAUGUGUCUUCCAAGGAAAUCUAAUAAAACGCUUCAAAUAUUUGCAUUAAACCCAUAAAAAUGUACUCAUGGUGACGCAGAGUGAGAGCAGAUGUUGUUUCACCCCCCUCUGUCCUCCUCUGCCCUCCUUUUCCCACAUCUCUAUAUUUACUCACGCUGCAGUUUAAACCAUCCUGGCCUCACCUCAUUACUAAAUUUGUGUUUACGGAGGGGUCAGAAAGGGGACACUUCUGUCCAAGAGUGUUUCAAUAGUCUCUAUGUGGACACUUAAAGUAAUUGCAUGUGUUCGUUUGCAUGUCAAUGUGUGCGGCGGGAAAAGUUCUGUAAAGUUUUGAUGGUUUUUACGAUCUAAUGCACAGCUGUUAUCAGGUAAAAACGCCGCUCCAGGGCUGGUGUUAUACAUCACAUUUAGUAUAGGGGUUAGGUAUUUAGUGGUAAUCAUUAAGGGAUGAAUAAUGUCCUAAAAGUGUGGAUAUUUUUGUUGGAGCUAAAGUCUGUCCUCCAGUGUGUGUUGAUGUUCCUUUGUGAUCUCAUUCUUUUGAUUUCCAGCUCAGGUAAGCCCUGUUUUCUGUCUCAACAUGUGUGUUUAUGACUGUGUGUCUGUGUCGGUUCAGUCGUCUGCCAACGGCAUCGUCAUCAGUAAGCGAUAGGACAUUAUGCAACAAAUUUUCCCUACUUUGAUUGGAAACAGGAUUUUUGUAUCAUAAAACACUUCUCAACAACUUAACAAUGACUGGAAGGAAGGGUGAGGUGCAGGUCAGUGCAGGCCAGGGCACCUUUUAAGCUUUCCCCCGCUUCCCUCACAGACUUUGAUUCCCAAUGUAAUGAAGCAGGAGUUUGUUUUUGGAGCCAGCUGUCAUUGAUAGAGUCAUUCAUUAAUGCCAAAACUUGUUAUUCACUGUACCAGCAGACACACUGCAGAUGUUCUCAUACAUUUUAGAUGUCGACGACAAGCGUUCAGAGUAACGACAGCAUAAAUCAAGCCACGCAUAACGAGUAAACAUGUGUGGAAACUUCAUGUGGUCUCAUUCUUGCUUCACUGUGGUUGCAUGCAUCGUGUGCUGAAACUCAGACGGACAUGCAGGCGGGGUUUGUGGUCGGACCUCCUCUGAGAACGGCCCUCUACAUGCUUGAUCAGUAUCUAAAUAUAAGAGAUUCACAAAUCCUUUACUCUAUAUUAGUCUGUUUUUUUUUUUUUUUUUUUUUUUUUUGUGGUUAUCAAUUUUUUUUUGGUGCUUUCUUUUUUGAUGGCUGUUAGAAAAUCAUUAAAUCAUUUUUUUUAAAAUCUUUCUUAAUCAAACUUUCAACAAUUAUGUAUAAGGGAAUAGGGCCGGGCGAUAAACCGAAAAUUUACCGGUACUGAAAUUUACGACAAUAACCGCCUAUAUCGGUAUAUUUGGUGUCAAAAAAAAUAAAUAAAUACAGGUUGGUUUUGGAUGUGUGUAGGUAGGCUAUGGUUUCAUGUCCCUUUAAGACGCUGUCCUACGUCAGAGACGUGACUCCACCCCAUCCAGUCUGGCUGAAGUAGACAAAGUUAAUGUGGGAGGGGGUAUGCAACUUGUGGAGUAGUUAUCGUCCAUUUAUCGUUAUCGAGGUGAACUGCUCAAUAUUUCGGGAUAUUAGUUUUAGGCCAUAUCGCCUAGCCCUAUAAGGGACUUAACAAUAUUGCAAUAUUACAAUAUUGUGAGAGCAAAAGUGGUUUCGUUAGGGAUUAGUGACAGUGUGAAAUGACUGAUCUUCUAAGCACAAAGUAUUAGGGCUGGGCAAUAUGGCCUCAAAUCAAUAUCACAAUAUAUGGAGCAGUUGACCUCGAUAACGAUAAAUGGACGAUAACUACACACAUCCAAAACCAACUUUUAUCUAUUUAUUUAUUUGACACCUAAUAUACCAAUAUGGGCAAAAUGACGUUGGUUAUUGUCAUAAAUUUCGGUAUCUGUAAAUUUUCGGUUUAUCGCCCAGCCCUACGGGGAAUAGUUUUGUUAACUGCUUCAGAUAUAAAACGGUGAAAACCAUGGACAUCGGCAUUAGUGGCGAGGAGAAACAGAAAGAGAAUUUAGAAAAUGUGCACACUCAAACAGCCUUUAAAUCUUACAUGUGGAAUCAAUGCGGUUUCAUAGUUUAAAGAAAGGGGAAACUAUAAAUCACAGAGCGCAGCAGCUUUAAAUAACCUUAGGUAUUGUUUUUCUGCACCAUAUGUUCUGAUAAAAAAGCACAUUAGUGCAUUUUGCAAAAAUAUUUCCUAAUAUCAACACAUCUGCAAAAACAAAACAAAACAAAACAUAACAACCAAUCAAAAUCAGCUUUAGCGGUCAGACUGAAUAAAUUCCAUCUCUGGAGUUACUAAAAAAACUGAAGGCUAGUUCAAUCGCAUGAUUUGCGCUGUCGUCAUAGAGGAUCAUACACCGAACGGAAACAAAAGCCGGAGCCAAAGUGGACAUGCCUUAACAUGACAUUGAGAAUUAAACCAAGAAUGUUUUGUGGCUUGUUUGUUUAAAUGUCAGCCUGACAGUAAGCCCUGGUAGUUGUCUCUUUCCUGUGUUAGCACAGCUCCACCCAGAAUUCAAUGGAUUUGCCAAGGUUGUAGACAAGCUGUAGACUAAUAUCAGUAAAGACAUUCACAAGGUUAUGUCGUUUUCUCAAUUUCCGCCUCUAACCUAAAGAAUCCAUUUAUAAGCGGGUGCUUCAAUAUUUAAUUCUUUCUUUGAAUAUUUCAUUUGACUCUGGGUUUAUUGCAAACUUACUUUAACUAUUUCAUUAAAUAAUUCAGCAACCACUGUAAGUUUUAUUGGCACAUGCAUGCAAGCUAAUAAAAGAUAAUGAUUUCAGACAGGUGGCAAUAGUUGAGCACAUUUACUGAAUAUAUGUUGCAAGAAUAAACAGCCGGAUUAGAUGAUUUACUGUCUGACUGUACCUGGUUUAAACAGCUCCAUAGUAAUGUUUUAGAAAGAGAAAAAUGCAACCUCAGACUUUGGUUGUUCUCUUAACAUAUAAAUGGUCAAACAAUGACAGGAUACUUCUUGGUGGCUCUGGGAGUGUGUGAGUGUACGUGUGUUUCCAUACUGCUGGCUUUGACUCCCACAGCUCCCUCCAGGGAGGAAAGUUAGGGAGUGAUUCGUGAUAUAAAUAUUGCGUUGACAGUAGGUCUCCAGUGCAGGCUUAGAAAUGCGCGAUCGUGUAACUACAUGCUUGCAGAGAGUGAGGAAAGUGACAGAAUGUAACCGUGAAUGGUUUCAGCAAAUCUGCAGGCGAGUCGUGUUUUGGAUCGGCGCACACAGACGCACGAUUACGCACACACUCGCGAGCUCUAAGGCAACCCCUUUUCUUCUGAACGCACACACGCUGCCCCGGAGAAAAGCAGGGGAUUCCGAUCCGUCACACAGAUGACAUCACAGCCUGCAAGUAAUAAAAAACAGCCAAACAAGGGAGUCCCCACUUCCCUUCCCUCCUACACAUCCCUCACACACAGAGAGAGAGAGAGAGAGAGAGAGAGACGGAGAGAGAGAGAGAGAGUGCUGAGGCUCUCACUAGUUCACAAGGAGAAAAGGAGAGUCCAUUUUAAGGGGGUCCGCAUGCACACAAAAGUGCACUGACACACGCACAAACGCACUUUAGUGUCUCCAUAGAAACCGGCUCGGCUGCCCCAGCUUGAGGAGGAAAUGCCAAACUCAGUGUUCCACUAGAAACACACACAGACACACACACACACACACACACUUACAGCUCUAUUCUGAUCCUCUGUCCGGCCAGGGCGGAAAAAACCUCUCCUCAUCUUAUCACCCUGCUACCUCCCUCUGUCCAUUCUUUCCUUUUCCUACCCUCCCCACAUUUUCCUCUCCUUUCCAUUUCCACCCCCCUCCCUAUCUCUCUCUCGCUCUGCCUCUCUCUCUUUCUCCCUCUCUCUCUCUCACCCUCCGCUCUCAGUGGUAAGUUCAUUGAAGUAGACAACAGAGGUAAGUACUCUCUUCCGCUCUCUUGCUCGCUGCUUUAGCUCGCUGGAAGUUUCAGACUCUGUGUGUGUGUGUGUGUGUGUGUGUGUGUUUUUCCCACAGUAGACAAAAGGUUAGCUUUACUAUCACUGCUGCAGUUCCUGCUGCAGAAAACAGCUGAGUGUCUGUCUGUGUGUGUAUAUACCUUCUGAAAAGUCUCCUGUUCUCUCCAGCCGGGUCUGUUUCUACAAGGUUUAUGUGUGUGUGUGUGUGUGUGUGUGUGUGUACUCUACCAGCUGUCAUGUGCACCUAGACAGAGUUUGCCGGUUUACUUGUCAUAGCAAUAUUCAAACAGCGUGUGUGCUUGGUGCAAAAACUCCCGCUGAUAUCUUAUUCAUCAGUCUUUGUAUGAUAAUAACCGUGUUUGUACAGAGUCUGUUACGCCCUUUGUGUCCUUUUAUAAACAGUAGAUAUAGGAGUUUGUGUAGCAUACGUGUGUGUGCAUGCAUGUAUGUGUGUUAGUGUGCGUUUUAAAUCCCUGAAAUGAACAGAGGAAUUUAAAUUAGUACUUAAAAGCAGCUGUAAUUAAACAAGUAGUAGCAGACAAUGUAUAUUCAAGAUUAGAUUCGGAUCUAUAAGAGGAUAUGGGAAUUAUUAAUAAGUGUUAGUUUGUCCUUUCCGCAGCAUAAAUCAUAAUAAUCAUCAUUUUGAUUGGAGCCGACUGUUCUCUUCUUCCCCCUUAAUAAUGGCUGUAGAGCUGCUUUCCUUUUUGAUCGUCUUCCAAAGAGGAAAUCUUGUUGAUCUUUCAGCAUUAGCUAAGUACUUUGGUGGAAUUCCCUUUCAAACGCGUGGCUGAAAUAACAACAUCUCCCCCUCGGGAAUCAAUGGACAGCUUUGGCGGGAGUUCAGACAUUCCAAAUCAGAAAUCCAUCUGUUGUCCCGGGCUACAAAACAACACAAUUAAACACUCUCUUCAGCACCCCCGGAGAGACUCUACCUCAUACAUCAACCACAUCUGGACGCAAGACGGGCUAACCUAACACUCCCCCUUUUCUCCUCCCCCCUCCUUUUUCCAAUGUGUCCCCAUCUUCCCCCCCUUUUUUUUUUCAACCCCACUCUUCUCCUUCCUGUCUGGCCUGUCUGUUUUUUCCCGCCCACGCUUUCAGAGAUGAAAGAGAAGAACCCCUGGCACACACCGGUGACCAUCAUCAUCUCUGUGAUUGGUGUCAUAGCGAUUGUUGCCCUGGUGACGGUAGCAGUUUUGCAGAACAGGCCCCUCCCCAAAAAGUACAAGGUAUGUGAGAGGUAAAAAAUGUUCAAAUGUUGAAGUCUGGGCCGCUGCGUUUCAGAGGGAUCUCUGUGCAAAGUCCAUGAACCAAAUAUGGUCUGUCUUGUCAAUAUGACCUCAACCUGUGCGACUGGUUCUGGGAAUUUACUGCCAAAUAAGGCGGCUGGAUUUUGACAAGAACAUUAAAUCACUAAUUCAGUCAGACAUGCAGGCCAAGUUUGAAGCUAUACUGUGUCUAUGGUUUUUUUUUUUUUUUUACAAAGCAGUUUCAAUAUUUCCUGGAAAGUUUGGCAGAGUUUUUUAUACUCAAGAAGUUCCAGUGUUAUGUCUCCCUCAGUGCAAGUUGAACCCCCUCGCACUGAACUGGUUUUCCCCCCUUUCUGUCUGCCCUCCAGUAUGGGAUCGUGCUGGACGCUGGUUCCUCCCACACAGCUCUGUACAUCUAUGAGUGGCCAGCAGAGAAGGACAAUAACACGGGAAGAGUUCAGCAGAAGCACUCGUGCAAAGUCAAAGGUAUAUGCGUCGCUACAAGUCUACAUGUUUACAACCGCUCACUCAAACAUCAAAAGGAAGCACUUCUGAGAGGCUUGUGCGCACUUGAAGACACUUAACUCAUCACAACAACUUUUGGGGCCUGUGUCCACUUCACUCGCAGCAUUUUUUUGCACUGGCAGCACCCACAACCUAAAUUCUGGAGAAUUUCUCACUGAUGCUUACUGUAACUAGCUCACAUAACUUUUCCCACAACAUUUCCUUCCCCUUUGUAGUGACUACAAUACUUGGUAUGCUUCAUAUUUGCUCUUGUCAGUGGGAUCUGAAAAACAGACAUUUAAACAGUCAAGCAGCUCUAGACCUGGACAUUGUACCUUUAAAAACCAAGUGCGUUUUGACCUUUGAAACUGUUGUUGAGGAAGUCCCGCUGUGAGCACAUCUGCACAACUAAAGCUGGGGUGUUUCCUUCCUUUGAGGUGCUAAACCUUGGUUUUGUUUUGAGAAUAGGAGCUGCAGGCUAGAAAAUUUUAUUAGUGGACACAGGCCCUUAAACUUUUGGAAACAAAAGAAAGCGACAUAUUUGCCUUUCCAAAAAGUUUAUCCAAGUGUAACCACAAAAUACACAUAACACUUUCCUAAAGUUGUGAUACAAUGCCUUUAUAUCUUUAUCUCAUACAGCUAAGGGUCCAAAACUACUAGUGGACACAGGCCCUUAUACUUUUGGAAACACAAGGAGGCGACAUCUUUGCCUUUCCAAAAAGUUUAUCCAAUUUUAACGACAAAAUACAAUUAACGCUUUCCUGAAGUUAUGAUACAAUGCCUUUGUAUUUUUAUAUUGUACAUCCAAGGGUCCAAAACUCUCAUUCUUUGGAUUAUAAACAGGAUUAAACAAAACAUAGUCACAUUAGAAAAACUUCGCCUAAAAGCUGCCCAGACAAUUGAAAUACUACAUUCAGUAUAAGCUCCUGUUUUUUUUUUGGUUUUGACUCUAAAAUCCUGAAGUUGGAUUAACUGCAAUAACACUGGCAUCCACACACCUAAUAGGUGGCUCAAAUAGCCUCUCAUAAAGAUAAAAAGGUCUCUGUAAUCUGCUAAUGACUUAUGGACAGUGUGAUAAGACUAAUAAAGAGGGUUUGGUUAUGGUUUUCUAAUAGGUUAUCAAGCUUGUGGUUAAGUGGUAAAUGUUAAUAAGUUCCUGACACUGAGAUUGAGAAAGAUGUUCACACUUUUGCCUUUUCUAUAAAAAGAUAAAAGGGACAAUGUUGUGUUGGACUGUCCUCAGAAAUCAAUUCAGAGCUUGAAGACGAGACAAGUUAAGUCAGACUGAAAGCAGUUGCACAGUCAACAUGUAAAUUUUAACAAGUAAGGCCAAAGGUUUCGGUAUGAGGCAAAAGCCAGCGAGCAGUAGAGGAGUUAAUGUUUACUUUGAAUCAUCUUGGAGUUUCGACUAGAAUCAAAAAAAGCUGACAGGCCUCCACAAAAACCUCACAGCACCUGUAAAAGACGGUUAUGCUUCUGAUAUUCAUUCAUGGUAAAUAGACAGAAUACAACUAGAGUUGUACGUAUUAGUUUUUUUAAACAUAGACAUCAUUUUCCUCACUAGUGAGAAGCAGAAGUGCAAGGCAAACAACUUUAUUGAUGUUGUUGUAAGCUGGGAAUCCAGCCAGGGCUGUAACUCAGGUGAACAGCUGCUGCAUUGACACUAUAAUACUCUACUAACCGGAUGUAAACAAGCACAGAUAGCAUUUGGCAUCUGUUUUGGAGUUUGUGUUUCAAGGAUAAAUAAAAGAUCUCAAGUCAGACAGUCAUCAUUGCAUAUAUUUAUUCGAGGUCUAAAUGAAACAAACAAGUGAGUCUUAAAUGGGGGCGAUUGUUUCCGCAUAGAAAACAGAGCAUCACGUCAUAUAAUCGAGCGGUUAGAUGUACAAUUUGUGGCAUGGAAACUCACUGUAGUAAUCCGUUUACCCGAGUCACAUCACUCAGAACUACCAUAACUUCAACAAUAACUUCCUCAUAGCUUGUAUAAGGGUCUGUGGAAGCGUUUCGGGGUAAAGAGUAGGGGAAUUUGGGGAUAAACCGUCUGGUCUGAUAACACUUCAUUUGUACCAACAGACAUCUUCAAUAGGUAAUCUUAUAUAAGCUUAGCUGUGCUAUAAAACACAUGAAUCCUCAACAACGCAAUUAAUUAUAAAAUUUUCUUUUCACAUCUUUUGCAGUAAACUGAUCUUAAAAAUUGAGAUAAAUUUGUAUGUGUCUACUUAAACUAGCACGCACCAACUUAACUGGAAGGUUGGUGGUGUUAACACUAGUCACACUAAGCAAACUAAUUUGACAUUAUUAACUCACACACCCUGUGAUCCCAUGUUAAACAACAAACUGUGUGCUUUCAGACUAGUAAGUUAGACUGAAUUCAGAUUUACAUACAGUGGUUAGGAAGUUUGCUGCAUCACAGCAUCCCUUCUCCUGAUGGGCUUUGUGAUCUUUGGUCAGACCGUAUUCAGACUAUCCAACUUCCAGUCAUCAUGCUAAGCUUAGUUAAUCAAUGCAGAAAACACAACCUUGUCAUUCAAGAGCGUUCCUGAUUUACUCAUCCUGCAAGACAAAGAGCGAUAGGGAGGAGGGGUUUCCUUAGGGGUAACACUUUAAUGAUUAUUUUAACUGCUCGUUUCCAAAAACAUUUGUUUACACAUUAAUGACGACAUCACUAACAAAACACCUUUCCAAUAAAUGGUGCAUGCUGUUACUGGCUUGAAGGCACACAUAUGUGAAGUCCAGUUAUGUUUAUUUUUUCCUGAAUCCAGCAUAAAAAUCCAAAUGUUGGAAAUGCCUGCGCCUCGGGGCAACUUUUAAAAUGCUUAAGCUGUUUCUACACAACUACAGAAGCACUUUCGAAUGCACACAAUCCAAUAGUAAAGUCUGCGAGCCUUACUCCCUCUGUGAGAUUCUCUUUAGUAAUUUGAUUCAAAAGCUGCUUUUUACCUUUCAAAGCAGUCUGUGUGUGCCGGCCUCUGUCUUCAUGUAAUUUACUCCAGUUAUCAAGGCUCAAAGCAGAGCACUUUUCAUAGCACCAGACACUAGAUUCCGGCAGAUAAUAAGAUCAACAUGCUCCUCCGAGCAAGGGUUACUUAAAGCUGCAGUGCAGAUGUUUUGCUGUGCUUUCUAUAAAAAGCUUUAAGUUUAAAAAGAUCCUUUUCGGGAUGCAAGUUUUUAUUAGAGCAGCAAGCUUGGUACAAAAAGUCCUGAGCUGAAACAGUACGAGUUUAGGUGUUUGAGUGGGAUUUGUAAAGAGUAACCAAGACACUGUAAUAGAGACGGUAAAACCUACAACCAAGUACCCAAAAUGUGCAUGUUCACGCUGGAUAUCUAAUCAAGGAUACAUCUGGGUGUAAUUCUGCGCUCCGAGAGCCUCGGGAAAAUCAAGUUAAGUACUAGCUUCAGGUGAAUGCUUGCAAGGAGACACCUAGAUAGAUAACAUCUUGACAAAGCUUCCUUCCUAACAGAGAAUGUCUUUGCCAUUUCAUAAAUUUUGAACAGAUGACCUUCCCGAGCAGGGCUAGCAUCACUGUUCCCAAAGCUCUGACUGUAUUUUAUAGCUUCUACAACCCGACUGAAUGGCACCAAAUCUCUUGCUGACAUUUUGCAGGUCCGGGUAUCUCCAGCUAUGCAUCCGCUCCAUUAAAAGCCGGGGAGUCUCUGCGGGAAUGCAUGCAGGAGGCCAAGCAGUGGGUGCCUGAAAAAAGACACCAUGAAACCCCUCUGUACCUGGGGGCCACCGCAGGAAUGAGACUACUGAAGUAAGUCGCAUGCAUACACUCUCACAUUCCCAGAACCAAACAUAAAGCAUGUAUACAGUAACGCAGCAUGCCUUCUCUGGUGUAUCUCAAGCCUUUCCAGUGUAAUGUGUUUGCACUGGCUGCCAAAGUGCUGCUAUCUGUAGCCUUUUCCAUUCGCCCGUUUUGUGAUUUAUCUCCGCAUGAACUUAACUGCCAGAGCAGCGAAUAUGUUACUGUCAAAUACAUUACAUGCAGCGAGGUCUAUCCAUUAUUUAUGGGCUGCUGUAUUGAUUUAAAUUAUGGAUGGGGAUCACUCUAAUAAAUUUGAGUUGUGUUUGCAGCAUGGAGAACAGCGCGGCGUCAGAGAAGGUCUUCGGGGCUGUGGAGGAAACCCUGCAAAAGUCCCCCUUCUCCUUUCAAGGAGCGAGAAUACUCAGCGGACAGGAAGAGGGCGCCUUCGGCUGGGUCACAGUCAACUACCUGGAUGAUCGCCUCAAACAGGUCAGAGUAACUUUGGCCUCUUUUAGACAGCGUUGUCACUAUACCGAUACUUGUAUUUGCUAUCAGUAUUGGAAUUGGUGAUGGUAUCAGUUAGGUAAAGACCACAGCUAAAUGCUUGUGAGAAAAGUAAGGAACUAGAGAUACUGAUACGGAUGCUGUUGUUGGUAUCAGUCUCGGAAAAUAGGGGUGUCCCAAUGCGAUAUUGAUAUCACCAAUACCAAUACCAAUAAUGAUAGCAAAUACUAGUAUUGGUAAUGGUAUCAUUUAGGUAAAGGCCACAGCUAUAUGCUUUUGAGGAAAGUAGAGAACUAGAGAUACUGAUACGGAUGCCGUUGUUGGUAUCAGUCUCUGAAAUUAGGGGUAUCCCGAUACAAUAUUGAUAUCAGAUAUCGGUCCGAUAUCAACAAAAAAUCAAAUAUUGGAUUAUAUCGGUCUGCAUCUUAAAUCGCCGAUAUCAGCACUAAGUGAAAUGACAGGAGGACAGCUGUUUUAAUGAUCUUCCUUUUAAGGGUGUCCCAAUACGAUAUCCAUAUUGGAUAUCGGUCCAAAGCAAAAAAUCAAUUAUCAGAUUAGAUCAGCCUGCAUCUACAAUCUUUGAUAUCAGCGCUGCAAAAAAAAAAAAAAAAAAAAUCUUGAUCAGCUACUCAGCAUCUCAUACUAAUUUCUGGUAUCAACAUCAGCCAUUGAACAAGUGAUAUCUGUCGACCACUACUGGUAAGUGAAGUGACUGGAGGACAGCUGUUUUAAUAAUCUUCUUUUUAAGGGUGUCCCGAUAAGAUAUUCAUAUUGGAUAUCGGUUCGAUAUCACCAAAAAAUGUAAUAUCGGAUUGUAUCAGCCUUUCAUCUAAAAUAUCCGAUAUCAGCACUCAGAUACAAACAGUCCAUUCCAGACUCCGCUCCAGCACCUCUAUCUAGCAGCAACUGGAUCCAGCAUGUAGAACCCAUGUGAUCACAACAACAGUGUGUACUAAGGUACUAACAAAGUAGCAAGGAGUAGAAGUGAUGUCGGCCCUCUGGCAGUAUUUUUCAUUAAAUCAAAAAAAGACGUUGCAGCUGAGUGUAAAACUUGCCAUGCACAAAUUUGUGCCAAUAUGGGAUUAAUAUUGGUAUCGGUCAUUUUUUAAGGCUAUGAUAUUGGUAUCAUAUUGAAAGUCAAAAAGUCGUAUGGGGCACCCCUAUUAAAUAUCACAUCCGAUCAUCCUUCCUGCCACUGAAAAAUCAAUAGUAUUCAACCAAAGAGUGCAAUAUUAGCUGAGGGUGCAAAAUGUCAGCAAAAUAUCUGUAUUUUUCCACCGACCUUUCAACGUUUUUAUACCCACCCUAGAAUUGGAGAGGCACCUGGGAUUGUCAAGUACUCGAGUGUGGGUGUUUCAAAUGACAAAUUGCAUCAAAACAUUUCCAUUCUGAUGUUGAAAAGAGUUGUUUAUUGAAUCCAAUAUCUUUUGUCUCUACUGCAGGGCUUGGAGACCACAGGGGCCCUUGACCUUGGUGGGGCCUCCACUCAGAUUAGCUUUGUAUCUGAUCAGUUUGACGGGUCAGAGUCACUGAAUAACUCGGUUACCUUCCGGCUGUAUGGAAACGACUACAACCUUUACACUCACAGCUUUCUCUGUUACGGGAAAGACCAAGCACUCCGACUGACCCUGGCACACCAGACGCAGGUAAAUUCAGAUAGUUUCCCUCUUAAAGCUGACAGGCCAUUCAGAAUUAAUUUAAUCUAAGAUUAUUUGAGACACAAUCUUUAUAAGAGAUAUGAUGUGCUGAAACGAUACUGACGGUCAAUCUAAUUACCUCCCUCUCUCUCUUUCUGUGGCUUACACCUCUUUAUCUCGCUCUAUCUCCUAGUCAGGUCCAGAAUCAAUAUUAGAUCCCUGUUUCAACACUGGCUACACUUCAACAAGGAACUACUCAGUCCUCUAUGACAGCCCCUGUGUAUCAGACAGGAAACCCCAAAAUGCGCCUCAGACAUUUACUCAACAGGGGGUAGGAAACUUCCAAGAAUGCCAGGAAGUUGUCAAAAAAAUCUUCAACUUUACUCACUGCAAAUACACGCGAUGUUCCUUCAAUGGGGUCUUCCAGCCGCUUCUACAGGGGCCAUUCGGGGUAAUGUAUCACAGAUGGUGUUUACUCAUGAGCCUUAGGGGACACUCAUUAUGUUUAGAUUCACUUUUUUGGUUGUUGUCCAUAUUAUGAAUAUAAAGCCUUUCUAAAAAGCCUUUGGGACUAACUCUAAACUCUAAAAAGUUGCAUUCUUCUCGAUUUAUCUCUUCCUCUUCCUGUCUGUCUCCCCAUAGGCUUUCUCUGCUUACUACUUUGUGAUGAACUUCCUCAAUCUGACCGACACAUCCAUCUCUCUGGACACUGUCAAGGCAAAGCUAGAACGCUACUGUGCUACCCCUUGGAGUCAGGUCAGGGCAUAUUUAUGCAACAGCGCCAUACUUCUGGCAUAUUUAUCUACUUUCCUGUUUAGUCCAUGUCCUGCAGCCUUUCUAUACUGUACUGUACUGUACGCUGAUUUUAUCACUGCAUGUCCUCAAACAGGUUACGCAGCAGCAUCCCGACACUAAGGUGAAAUAUCUGGCAGAGUACUGUUUCUCUGGCACAUACAUCCUCACGCUGCUGACAAACGGAUACAACUUCACCUCAGAGACCUACUCGGACAUUAAAUUCAUUAAAAAGGUCAGUAGAUCAGAGUCCACUCCCUUCCUGCCUUUCACACCUAAUAACCAUGACUUCCUGGCUUAAAUCAUGCCAUCUUUGCCCUUAUAAAAGAGUCAAACUUGCACGGAGUAAUCUGAUUAGACCAUGUGGAAGAACUUAGACUUUCAACAGUAUCUUCUCGUCUUAGGUGUUUUGAAUGUUGAGUGUUCUGGGUCUUUGUGCUGAAUUGGGUCUUUGCAUACAAGUGUGAUAAAAUUAAAAACACAAGGCUUCAAAUAUGAAACUUCAUAGCACUGCAGAUAUAAAUAAACUAUAUUACAAUGAGUAUAUUUUAAAUAAAAAUAUGAAUAAGCACUUUUUGAAAAAUACAACAAUCCAAAACCGGGUACAGCUCUGGUUUUGCUUCAAGAUCUUUGCUGUAAAAGACUUGAUUUCUAUGAUUCAUUUCAUUAGAGAUGACAAUGUGCUAAAGUUGAACGACCAUUUCAGGAUAUUUAUUUGGGCUUUUUGCUUUUGCUUGCUGUUAAUAGAACUGUUGUAAAAACAAAAAGUCAUAUCGUACUCAAGAUGGAUCUGUUAUGCUGGAUAUCAGCCCAGCUGUAAUUAUUUUUGGCUAACCCACCCUACUGUGCUGAUAUCUAAAACAACAGCAUGAUCCGUUGCGUAAUACUGCUUGAUAAAUGCGCUUCCUCUAUUAUCAUUACGCUGUGCAAAUGUGCGCCCUUUGAUUUCUUCAUUUGGAAAGAUAAGCUUGAGUUUGGAAAAGUUUUUUAUUCACUGAUUAAGCUAACUAAACUCUUGGCUAUGUCCCCGAUUUUUUGCAUCAAAGAUUGUUUGUUCACCUGCCAAACCCUCAGGCUCCCUCUCAGCCAUUUAUACUACACUUUGAAACAAAUUUUUUAAAAUCAUUAUUUGGGCCGACCGAUAUGGAUUUUUUUGGGGCCGAUACCGAUUUUUUUUUUUUUUUUUUUUUUUUGGGGGGGGGGGGGGUAGCGGAACAUUUUCAAGGUGAAGCCGAAUCUUAUUUUCUGCAUUUUAUUUCUGAAAUAUCUGCGACAAUCGGCGAGUUUUGGCCGAUUACCGAUUAGUGCCAAACUGGCUAAAAUUGGCCGAUCGAUCAGUCGGGCCCUAAACAUUAUGAGUAGCUAUAAAAACAGCACUGCAUUUUUCUUUGAAAGGAGCGACUCCAACACACCCUGUUUCAGUCUUGAAAACGUUGCAAAAAACAUUCCAAGACACCUGAUAUGCAUAUCCUGGGGUUGUUUAAGAAGCUACAACCCUGAAUGCGUGUUUUAAUAUAUCAAUGAGCGAGCAGAGCCUCAUUUACUGUGUGUAUAACUCAAUUGAAUUAUUUGCAUCAGAUGAACAUUUGGCAAGGGCCUGACAGCUUUCUAAGUCGAAUAAAUAAUCCUUGGCCCAGGCACUUAACCCUGUGAAGCAACAGUCUUGCUGCAAUUUCCUCUGAAUUGUUGCAAAUCAAUUCUCCUCUGAGAUGUAACUCAAUAAGAAAACUGCAUCAAACGGACAACCUUCCAGGAUAUUGAGAUUUUCAACUCUACCUCAGCGAGACAAAGCACUUUACAAUUCACCAAUUUAAACACACUGUAGCAUUAAACCAUAUUUCUUCCCCAUAGAGGAACUGGAAAUUGGACCACCAUCCAUGUGAUUAAUGUGCAACCUUUUCUACCUCCUAAGACACAGCAGACCCACAAAUAAAUCAUCCGAGUAGUUAAAUAAAUGCACUGUAUCUCUGUGGAGCAAGCUGCAAUGUGCAAGCUCAGCCCUUUCCCUCAUUAAAUAACAAGCAAAAUUAACCAUUAGCCAGAUAUUUCAAUUAUUAAUGAUACAAACAAAUAAAAUCGACAUGAGAAAAUAUUUUCAUAAAUCAACAAUGUCAUACUUUGCAUACACAAAUUACUUCCUCCCACUUCUUAAAUUAUUACUUGCUUGUCACUUAAAUUUUCCCUUCUCUUGCAUCUUAUGGAGAGAAAAUGGGACUGGCUAUUCAUCUUUCAAAAGUACCACCAGACAGAAUCACAAUGAUAUAACGCAGCAAAAUAAACAUUAACCUCACAUUAUCAUCUGCAAGACACCUGCAUUGCAGUGGGCCGACAAGAAACAGACUAAAAUGCCAGCAACAUCAUUCAUUUUACUCUAGGGGAGAGUGGGGUAAAGGGUAAGUUGAGCCAGCCACCCUGUUGCUUGGAAAUGGUAAAAGAAAUUGAUCAUGUGACCCAAUACUUAGGGGAUGGGAAUCAAUUCAUGGAGUCUAUGAAGGUUAGAAGCACAUGGGUAAAGGGGUUUGACAUUUAUUACCAAAAAAAAAACAUUUUUCACUCUUGAAAGUGAAUUUAGUCUGUCAUAAGUUUUAUUAGAAUUGUGUUCAGACCAAAAAAGAUAAUUUUAAAUUUGUUUUAUCCAUCAAUUGUGGUAUCUAUGAGCUACAACAUGAGGUCAAAAUCCUAGGAUAAAAGUCCACCAUUUUAGCUUAGAGGACUAAUAAAGUCAUAAUUGUAGUGCUGGGGUAUGUUAAGCCAGUGGCUUAAGGAGGGAUAGGGAUACGGAUACGAAUAUGAAAAAUGGCUUAUCUUACCCCACUCUCCCCCAUAAAGUGUAAAUAAGCUUCAGCUUCAAACUAUAUUUUACAGCACUGAAGUUUCAUAUAAAUGAGCAAGACUUCAUCAGUGAGUGUAAAGGGAUAAACACUCUAAAUACUUGAAAGCUAAAUGCAAGUUAAUACAAGCUUAAACACCUGCAGUAGUACUAAAGUAUGGCUUAACGUGAGCUUGAAGGCAUCACUGACCUAAAAAAUCACUUAUAUGAUUGACAGGACCAGCAGCGCAGGACUUACCUGAAGACCCGACUUCACUUGGCCCCCAAGCAUAAUGUGUUUCUCGUUAAGAAAGAUCGUAAAAGCCCCUCAGGAAUCUGUGACACUUCAGUCUUCUCCAAACUCAACCUGCAGUUUCAGUAAGGACCAUGUGGCGCGGACUUUUAACUAGUUUCUGCAAGCGAACGGUUGUUGAACAGAAUACGGUGUUGAUUUCCGGUAUAAUGCCCGCGCUUUGAUAUUAUUGGACAAUAGGGAUCACCUGACAGCCAAUCGCGAUCGUGUCUUAAUAAUGCUAACAUAACGUCGAUUACAGAUGACCCUUUAUUAAGUGUUAUGUAAAUACAUAAAAAAAUACUAUUUUUAAUUCUCAGACAAUUUAUUUAUAAAAAAUUAAUCAGUUUGUCUGAAAAUACUAGUAUUUCUUUGACUGAUUUAUAAAGGGAUCAUUUUAAAAAAUACAAACGACACAAAUUCUAUUCAUUCGUAAUCAUAAAAAUUCAAAAAUCAAUCAAUCAAUCAUUUAGUCGUUAUUUGUAUAGCACUUUUCAUACAAACUGAUGUAGCACAAAGUGCUUUACAAAAACAAAUGGUAACACUUCACUUGACGCCUAUCUCUAUAACAAAUGUACACAGGCCUCUUUACGGGUUGAAUGUCCAGAAUGUGACACUUUACCCCAUAUCCCUCCUUGUUCCCUACUCUAUCAACUCUCCUAUCCUCUAGGUAAAUGCAUCUAUACCUCAAAUUUAACUCAAAAAAAGAAAGAAGGAAACUUAAAGACAAAAGUAGGCCUAUUUAAUUUCAAAAUAUCACUUAAAGUCCGCUGUUGACAGCUAUUUUUAGUAUUAUUUAUCAGACAGUUUAUUGCAACCCUUUCUUGUUCUGCGUCUUAUUGGGUUCACAGUUCUUGCAGCUCCAGUGCGACAAAUCCUCUACUCAAAUUAACCCGAUUAAUUCUUAUAUAAUAAAGUAUUUUAAGCCUCAGUGGAGAACUUUGGUUUAUUUGUAGUGAAAAGAGUAAAAAAAGAGAUUUUCAUCCGUGUACUAUAAACGACCUUAUCUGACUUUAUAUUGCAUUUUAGAAAUUAAUCUGCUGAUAGUCAAUUUUGCUUCUGUAGGUUGAUAGAAAGGCAUUAGUGUAAACGCCUUAUUGUUUCAUCAGCUUCUCAGUUAAAGACUCCUUACAGGGGCUUCAGAUACACAAGAAUAAACAUAUAUAAUUAAGUUUAACUUUGAAGAUGAUCACUCUACUUGAACAUAAAACUGUCUUUAUAGAGGUGAUGAAUAUAAUCUCUCCUCUUAUUUAAGUCCUCUGGAAAAAUAAGCAUAAUUUUUUCAAACUUUAUCAAUUUGCAUCCUAUGUUCUUCCUGUUCAUCAUCUCUUGCAUAUUAAACCAUUUGAUUGUGAUGAAUCUUAUUCCCUGUCUGUUCUCUGUGGAUGACUCCAAACUUACUUUGUUUUAUCUCCUGUGUUUGUGUGCAGAUAAAAGGCAGCGAUGCAGGCUGGACACUGGGCUACAUGUUAAAUCUGACCAACAUGAUUCCUGCUGAAGCUCCUGACACUCCUCCUCUGCCCCACGCCGGCUACGUCUCCAUAGUCACUGUCAUGGCAUUACUACUCUUCAUCCUCUUCAUCAUUAGCCUGCGUCCUCUAUGGCCUCGCUGCUCCAAACAGCCUCAGAUCAUAUAACCACACCGAAAAGAUCUCUAUAUAUAGGUUUUAAAGUGAGAGAGGAAAUAUCAGUGAAGGUUUUUCCUCCAAAUUUGUGAAUACCAUAGUCAACUUUACACUUUCCAACCUCUGGGGGAAGGUCAAACUCUGCUGCACAACAACCUACAGUCCCGAAGCUCAUAUGGAUUCAAGGACAUUUCAGAAGGACAAAAACUUUCUCUCACAGAGAAGCGAGUUCUGCUUCUCUGGUUGAAGGACAUUUUUGUGUUUGUGUGUAUGUUUGAGUCCAAUUGUGUGAAUGCGUACCUGCUUGAAUGCGUGCACCCGCAUCAGUCUGCAUGUUUGUGUCUUGAAUUAUGAUGUGAAUAUAAUAAUGUAUAAAUAAAAUAACCCGAGUUUAUAUAAAAAAGCUUGAUUUGCUGGUGUAUGAUGUGAAAUGCUGCAUGAUUUAGUUGCUCUUCAUCCAGAAAACUAUACUGAUUUUAUUCAAACUAUGAAACAAGCAGCAAAAUGAAAUACGGAAGACAUCCCAUUGAUUUGCACUCAUUUUCAAGCUGUUUUAAGAGCAACACUGACACAAACAUUCACCUUAUACUGCACAUUUGGUGUAGCACUCCUGUAAACUGAGACAGCUGUGCCAAAAAAACGAAUAAAAACUCCAACAUGUUGCAGCAUGUUCCCUCACCUUAAGCUGUAACAGUAACAUGUUUUUGCAGUGUGAUUAUUUCUUUUUAAAAACACUCCCUUAAGCAGCAUGACAGAUAAAUCCCCAGUAACAAUGAAGAACGAGUAAUCUGUCUUCUUGCAUAUACAAUGAAAGUGCUGCCCUCUAGUGGUGCACUGGCACACACUACACUAUAACUUUAGAAAUUAAAUACAUUUAGAUGCCAUUUUAUUGAGGCACAUACUGGUAACAAACAGCCCUUCUAUGACCUUAAGCUUAUUGGAGUAAUGAACAUAUAAUUUUGUAAAUAAAAGUGAUUAUUUGAAACUUUUUAAGAAAAGUUUUGAUCAUGGAAAUAUGAUUUUUACUGCAUUUUGCUUACAGCCUCCUAAAC